UCAUUGUAAAUGGAUCCCCUCCUAGGAUAUCUGUUUGUAUGUGUAGACUUGGAGGUUUAGUGUUCUAGGUCCAAAGUUACAUCCUGUUUACAUGGUACAUGUACAUGUGUGCUUGCAGUUGUCUUGUUUUGUGACAUUUGCAUAGUCAUUCAUAUUUUGAACCUAUUGCUACAUAAUGCUGGAACAGCUGGAUUUGUUGGGAUAGUCAGGUGCUACAUGUAUGUGUUGGGCUCAGCAUUAACAAUUGCCUUCAAGCAAGGUUCACUGUACAAAUACACCCUGCCUGUGGUUAUGGCAAUGGCAUAUUAAAUGUCAUGACUAUUGUACACAUUCAUGCGUGUGCAUACAGUACAUGGACAUGUAUACAUUUACAUGAUGUACACUAUUGUACACUACAUUUCAACAUGAGUUGAGCAUUUCCUGUCGUCUAUAUCCUAUCAUUGUUUUUUUGUCCGGUUUAUGAUGCGUGUCUCGAAUACAAUGCUGGCUUUGAAUAGGUUGGGCAGUACUGUUCUGGAGAUUCCUUGUGUUAUUGGUGGGGAGGAAAUCUUCACUGAUGAUGUCCAAACAGAAGUUUCUCCGUUUGACCACAGCCACAAAUUGGCCUCUGUGCAUUACGGAAACAAGGAGUUGAUCAACAAAGCAAUCCAAGCAGCCUUGUCUGCCAGGACAGAUUGGGAAGCUAGACCCUUGGAGGACAGAGUCCAGAUUUUCCUGAAGGCUGCUGAUCUUAUCUCCACUAAAUACAGAGCUGAUCUUGUAGCUGCCGUCAUGCUGGGACAGGCCAAGACAACAUUACAAGCAGAGCUAGAUAUUGUUUGUGAGCUGGCUGACUUCUACAGAUUUCAUGGCCAGUAUGCUCUGGAUCUUAUUAAUGUUCAACCGCUCAGCACUGAAGAGAGUAGUAAUUCUAUGCUCUAUCGUGGACUAGAGGGAUUCGUUGCUGCUGUCUCACCCUUCAACUUCACAGCUAUCGGGGGAAACUUAGCAGGCACCCCAGCCAUGAUGGGCAACACCGUAGUUUGGAAGCCCAGUCCUGCUUGUUGUUUUUCAAGCUACAAAGUCUAUGAGAUCCUUAGAGAAGCAGGUGUACCUGAUGGUGUCAUUAAUUUCAUCCCUGCACCUGCCACUGUGUUUGGAGACACCAUCACAGCAUCACCAGACCUAGCUGCUGUAGCGUUCGUCGGCAGUACAAAAACCUUUCAGCAUUUGUGGAAGCAAGUAGGCCAGAAUCUUGACAUCUACAAAACCUUCCCAAGACUCAUCGGAGAAUGCGGUGGGAAGAACUAUCACUUGAUACAUCCUUCAGCUGAUAUUGACACCGUGGUUAACUGCACUGUCCGUUCUGCCUUUGAGUUUGGUGGUCAGAAAUGUUCUGCAUGUUCCAGGAUGUAUGUGCCUGAGAGUCUGUGGUCAAAGGUCAAAGAAGGAAUGCUGGAGAUUCAUAAACAGAUCAAAAUUGGUCCGCCAAGUGACUUCUCAUCAUUCUACUCUGCUGUCAUCGAUGCUGCGGCUUUUGACAAGAUCAAGAGUUAUUUGGACUAUGCCCGGACAUCUCCCAGUGUCAAGACAUUGGCAGGUGGAAACUGUGACAAAAGCAAAGGAUACUUCGUAGAGCCCACUAUCUAUGAAACGAAUGAUCUAAAUGACAAACUGAUGAAGGAGGAGAUUUUUGGUCCUGUAGUCACGGUGUAUGUCUACCCAGACAACACAUUCUCUGAGACAGCAGAGAUGAUCAGUAAGUCAUCGGCAUAUGGAUUAACUGGAGCCAUCUUUGCCAGGGACAGUGAAGUGACUGAGACAACUGCCAAUUUACUGAGAGACUCUGCCGGUAACUUCUACAUCAACGACAAGUCCACUGGAUCUGUGGUUGGCCAGCAGCCAUUUGGUGGAGGAAGAUUAUCAGGAACCAAUGACAAGGCAGGUGGAGCUCUGUACAUUCAAAGAUGGGUGUCACCUCAAUCAGUCAAACAGACACACAAACCUAUCACUGAAUGGAGGUAUCCUAGUAUGGAGGUGUAGAGGUUGUCAUAGCAACCACAUCCUGUGGUUAUCACUACAGCAGGCAGAGCUCUGUAUAUUUGAAGAUGGAUGUCACCUCUGCCAAACACACAAACCUGUCAACAAAUAGAGGUAUCAUAGGAUGGAGGUCUAAAUGUUCAUUAUUAUUGCCAUAGCAACUACAUCCUGUGAUUAUCACUAUGGUUCUCAUAAAAACAUCAGCAGCCACCUAGAAGAGAGGAACUUCACUUGAUCAACUUUUUAGACUCAUUUUUGCAAAUAUGCUUUGUACCUAAGGAAUUUAUCAUUAUUUUAUACAUAUUUCCUUCGAAAAAGUGUGCCUUAUGACAGAUGAAUGAACCAAGUCCAAAAAUAGACUUUUUAUCAUUUUAUGCCAGGUUUUCUGUUGAUUUUAGGAAAUUUUUAAUUAUUCGUAAGCUUUGAUUUUCAUAGCUACUCGUCUGGUGCUGAAUCAAACGGACAAACAUGGGCCUUAGGCCUUUCAAAGAAUCAGCCUAAAAUGGUCAGCAUACAUUUUUCCUUCAGUUUUGGUUUCACUUUUGGUUCCAUUUUUGACCCUUUGUUUUUUUAACAACCUUGGCGGUAUUUGAGCUAUGAAAUACUUGCUGUAAGCUUUAAAUGCAUUUUAAAAGAGUCCAAAAGAAUUCCGUUUUGCUCACUAAGAAGAGCUCUACGAUGAAAGUAUGACUGUGCAUGGUAAAAUCCACAGGAUUUGAGCAGUGUGAAAAAUAUCCAUAAUGACCUGUAAGUGUACAUUUCUGAUAAAGCAUGGUGCCGUUUUGACCACCAUCAUAUUUAAAUAUAUUGUAUGAUAUUUUGCGAUAUUCAAAUUUACUGGUUUCUAACAACUAAUGCUGUAUAUUAUAUGCAGACAGACAGCAAACAGCAUGCUGAAAAAAAGGUUUAUACUCGCAGAUGUAAUUGCGAAAUAUUUUAAAACUAAUCAUAACUGCACUAAGUAUUAUACAUGUAUGUGUAACCAUUAUCUGCAAUGAGGAACACCUGUAGUACUCUUCCUUCAGUUCAAGAACAAAAAUGAAUUUUAAAGCUUCUCAGUUUAGGGCUUCGCUUUUUUCCCUUGAACUUUCAGCAUCCCAUACCAAGUUUUUUCCUCAAAUGCUGCAAGUUUUCCUUUCAAAUUAAGUGGUCAUCGUGAUUCCCUUUAAAAUGGCUAAGGGCUUACUUCUACAGAUCUCAUGUAUCUCAGAUACAAUUCUAAACAACUGAUUUAGCAAGUCCAAAAGCUGACUUCCUAAUACAUGUUCAUGUCUAGUUACAGUAUACAUUUAUCUACACCCAUUUGGCCAGACUUGAUCAAAUAGUCGGAGGAACGGUAGUAAUUUCCUGGAAGUCCCUGUCCUGUUCAGUUUGUGGCUUCCAAUAAAUUGUAAUUCCCUCCACUUUUAGGAUUGAGCUUGUUUUAAAGUUUUCGAUCAGUUCUUACACAUUCAAAUAUGAAAAAACAGAAGUGGAAAACUUGAUUAAACCAUUAUUUGUAGGUACAUUCAGUUGAAGAAUGCGGCUGUGAAGGAUGCGGCUGUGAAGGAUGCAGCUGCAUGAUAUCGUUGGUAGAAUGACCUUCAAGGUUUAUGUGGACUGUUGUUGCAAGGAACAAUUAGGCCUAAGUCUUAUAUUUUAUCAUUGCAGCAUAAAUUUACAUAAGAGUGGAUUUCUUGACAGACUGGUAUAAACAAAUACUUAGAUUUUAUGUAAUUGAUGUAGAUGUGGUUGGGCAGUGCCAUAUUUUUGUCUUUCAUCAUGACUAAAAAAAAACCUUUGGCUGUCAUGAACAUCUCGUAAUUCAUAGUUCUAUAUUACAGUUCUAUAUGUCAUUGGUCCCUGUCACAAAUGAUCUACAUUGUCUAUAAUCUGUACACUGAUGGCAUAUGCCACUGAAAUACAUCAACGCAACAAUUUGGCCAUUUGUAAAGUACAUUUAGAUCUCUGGGUCAUUUUUUUACCCUUUGAAAGGAUUUAAAAGGAGAGGUACCUGAUAAAUUAUUUAAUUAUCUUUAUUUUAGUUAACAGAGAGGGUUAGUGGCAUAUAGUAUUUGGUUUUAUUCAUGUAUUUGGUCCAUGUAGGUUAUGGCAGUAUAAACUUUGCAAGUGUGAACAGGAUUUUGCAUUUUACAGAAUUAACUGGUGAAAAAAAAAAAAUCGUAAACAAAAUCUAAAUUAGUUAUUAACCAGAGUGCAUGUCAAGUCCGUAUAUUUUGAUAAAAUCUCCAUUUUUACUCGUGAUUGUUC